CGUGCAUCUUCUAAGACCACAAAACAUCCUCCGCCCCACCACUAUCCGACUCCCUAACUUUUGCAGACCUUGAACAUCUGCUUGCGAUCCUAACCAUUCACCAUGGCUUUAUGACAAGCUCUUCCGUCAGCCCUACCAUCUAAGGUUACCCCACACCGAAGCCUCCUCAUCACAGCCCUCGACAUAAACAAUCACCGACGCCAUGCUCCUCCUCCACCAAUCCGGCACCCUUAAAAUCGGCGAAGUCGUCCGCUACACAAUAACCUAUACCCCGGCACACGACCGCAUCCUUCCCUCUCCCUCCCUGCUCCACCUCCGAAUCAAAAACACAACAGCCAUCGCACUCCGCGCUGCAUUCAUCCACGGUCCCUAUACCCUCUAUGCUUCUGCCGCACCAGCGAACUUCCAUCCCAAUGAGAAGUUCGAGAACCCGAGAACGUGGGGAGUACCGGAGUUUGAGCCGCAGCUGAAAGCCGGGGCGAGCUUUUCAACGACGUUGAAUGUGCCGGAGUUUGUGAGGGAGGCGGCGGGGCAUGGGAAGGGGGAUGGAGAGGAGAAGAGUGUGUCUUGGGUAGUGGAGGUGUCUAGCCAGGUUAUAUUCUCCAAUAGUGCGGCGGUACAUUAUGAGAUUUUGCUGGGGAGGGACGAGAAGAGUCUCAGUUUGGGGUUCGUGUCGGGCCUUAAUUCGCAUGUUGUGGGCGGGAGUUCGACUGCAGGUGGAAGUGGGGGAGGGGUUCCGGGGCAAGUAAGUGAUCAUCAGCAGAGUGUGGGGGCUAAGGAGGGGAAGCAUAAUGCGUUGGUUAAGGGAGUGUUUAGUAAGGCGAUCAGAGUGAGGGUGGAUGAUACGGCUAGUCUUUGGAAUUCGCCGCGCAUGCCGGAGUGGGAUGAGAGUGGGAAUGAGAGGUGUAUGGAGCCUGCGGGCAAUCAGGCGAUGGAGAGUGUGAUGACGAAGGCGGAGGCAAAAGGGGAGGAGCGGAGGAAGAAGGGGCAGAAGAAGGUCCAUUUGGUAGUUUUGACGCAUGGGCUGCAUAGUAAUUUGGGGGCGGAUAUGUUGUAUUUAAAGGAGAGUAUUGAUGCUACGGCGAAGCAGGCCAAGAUUGAUGCCAGGGAAAGGAGGACGAGGAGGAGAAAAGAGGAGAAGGAGAAGGCUGCCAAAGCUGGGGAAGGUCAACAGGAGCACCAUAACGCCGAACGAAAAGACGAAACUGGCGAGAAGAAACCCCCAGGACAGCAACGAGAAGAGGAUUUAGACGAGGACGAGGACGAAGAGGAAGUUAUCGUGAGAGGAUUCUCUGGAAAUGCUGUACGGACUGAGAGGGGUAUCAAGUACCUUGGCAAACGACUAGCAAAAUACGUCCUCCAGAUGACCUACCCGGAUCAGCCAUAUAAGCCAGUCACUAAGAAAUCAGCAGCUGAAGCACUCUCUCAUGCCCUCAAACCCGACCCAAACAAACUGCCAAAGCAAAUGGAAGACGGUAUUCCAAGUCAUCAUAACAGCACGAUUCUCAAGGAGCCUUACGAUGACAGAAAAUUGGCGUACAAGAUCACGAGUAUUAGCUUCAUUGCCCAUUCACUUGGUGGUCUGAUCCAGACAUAUGCUGUUGCGUAUAUUCAAAAGCACUCACCUGAAUUCUUCGACAGGAUCAAACCGAUCAAUUUUAUUGCCAUGGCGUCACCAUUUUUAGGCCUCAGCAAUGAGAACCCGCUGUAUGUCAAAUUUGCCCUAGACUUUGGUCUCGUCGGAAGGACAGGUCAGGAUCUAGGAUUGACGUGGCGUCCGCCGACCAUUGCUCGAAGUGGAUGGGGAGCCAUUGUUGGAGGUAUUAGUGAGAGUGCUCACAAGAAGAUUGAGGGAGAAACGCCCCCUGAAUCAAAACCUCUUCUGCGGAUCUUGCCGACUGGACCUGCUCAUGUUGUCUUGAAGAAGUUCCGAAAUCGCACUGUUUACUCUAAUGUCGUGAACGAUGGGAUUGUCCCACUGCGGACGAGUUGUCUGCUCUUUCUUGACUGGCAAGGUCUCGGCCGUGUCGAAAAGGCCAGGAGAGAAAACGGCUUGGUAGGCACAAUGGCGGGAUGGGGAUGGGCUGAAAUCACCGGUGCAAAUUCUGGUUCACCGAUGAGGCGGACCUUUUCAGAAAAUGGUAUGAGUGACAGUGAAGAAACCGGAGACAAUACUCCAACAAGACAAGGCCAUGGCGGAGACGUCCCACAACCUCCUCCAUAUGCCACCGAUGACGAUGAUGCAAGAAGCCUGAAAGAACGCCCACAUUCUGCCGUGUCUUUUGGCGGCGGCAGUGAUCUCCCAAGCCCAGCCGGCGAGACUACCAACAAUGAAGGCCCUCUAGCAAGUAUCAUGAAAUUCUUCCAACCCUCCAAUCCGUCAACCAAAUCUCACAACAACGCUCCAAAGCACAGCAAGAUCUACAAGCGCAGCCAAACGCUCAGUAUCCGCAGCAGCGAAUCAGACCCUACUCUCUCAACCAACGAAACAUCCCCCAAGAAAGCUGAAGGAAAAGCUACAACUGGCGACGCCGAGCACGGAGAUCCAGAACGCCUCUCAGCGCCUCCUAAAACAACAUUCUUCGAGUCCGCAGGCGACCUGCUUAAGCCUCCUCUCCCUUCCGUUGAAUUCUUAAUCGAUCCCACAAAACGUCCCCGAACGAUCUUCCACGACCGUGUCUACCACCCCGAAGACAUCCCACCUCCUCCCUUGAAGAAGCGUCCAACAAGCUCCCUGCACCUUCGUCGACGCUCGCACUCCUUCUCUUUAAGCGAUCCAAACGCUCUCAGUGUACCGCACACCGAUUCCAGCCUUUCAUCAAAAGACUACGACGACACCAAGAACACGAAUCCUGACAAAGACCCCCGCGACGUAGUCGACGGCUCAGCAAUGAAAGUCGAAGAAAAAAUCGCGCGCGCCUACCAUCGUGAUCUCUCGUGGCGAAAGGUGCUUGUACGAUUAGAGCCAGAUGCUCACAAUAACAUGAUCGUACGUCGUGAGUUUGCCAACGCUUAUGGUUGGCCAGUCAUUAAACAUUUAUGCGAUACACAUUUCUCUGACGGGGCAGCGGCGACUACGCGCGAUGAUCUGGAAAGUAACCAAGAAAGAGCGAAAGACGAGAACGAGAAGCCUGAUGAAGAAGGUGGUGAAACCAACGAAACUCCCAAGCCAGAUCAUGAUCCUGAGAUCCACAUGCUAGGUGAAGCAGACCGCACGGAUUCCGAGAAACGCGAAGCCAAGGAUUCCGUCUCGGCGCUGGGGCGAGGGAUCAGCAAAGGUAGUCUGGGGAAAGCGAUGGCCGGGACGGGAAUCAGUUUGCAGGUUGCGAGUGGGAGUUUGGCGGGGGCGACGAGGGGACGGUAUGAGAGGGCAGACAGCGAUGCUGCUUGGAGUGAGAGGGAUUGGGCGGAUAGCGAGAUUGAUUCUGAUGAGGAGCAAGAGCAUGGUGGGAGGAAGAGUUCUGAGGGAUGGAACUGGACGGAGAAGAUUGUUGGGAAGGGGCCUGCGGGUAAGGCUACUAGUCCGAAAUGCACGGACAAGGCGGAGAUUGAUCCUUUUCUGGGGAUGAGGGCGGAAAGCAAGAGUCCGGAGGCGAAGGAUAGGCAGUUUGAGAGCGAUGCUGCUAUUGCGAGGGUGUUGAGUGGCGAGGCUGCAGGGUUGGGAUUGGGCUUAGGAGGGUUACCACCGCCUCCUCCCAUUGAGGGGGAGCAAGCGAAGCAUGAUACAGGCGUUGAUUGAUUGAGUGAUGAUUGGUGAGUAUGAAGUACAUCCAGAUAUAAAGACGAAGAUUAAGAUUCGCAGAUGGUUGUACAUUUACCCUUACAUAGAACAGAAUGCAUAAUACCUUUUUGGAAACUAC